GGCUAUUCAAUUGCUUUGUUCCGUCAACGUGCUACUGUACUUGUGCAAAAGCGAAAGCCGACUUUUGUACUUCUGUGUUCUGCAAAAAGUGUCCAGUAGAAACACCACAUUGCGAGGGCCCGUUAUGAAAAGCUAGUAUAGGGUGGAGUGAUUAGAAAAUCUAGAAUAGUUCACACUCCACCUCUUGGAAGCGCAGCGUAUUCAAGAUGGAGAACCUCAACUUCCCACCGGUAGAAUUCACUCGGCCCGAUUGCUCCGACAACGGCAAAACCGUCUUCCAGGAGUUUACGAUCAUACUCCAUAAUAUACACCUCUUCGAAACUAUUCCGACGGCCAAAUGGUUGGGGCUGUUGCAGGAGAAAGCACUGGCAAGGCGAAAGAUAGACAUUCGCGAAGCGGACCGUCUGCACAAUCUAUCCGCACAGCUGGCAGAGAACGACGAAUUGGACAAAGCGAUGGUUCACAUCACCCAGGCGCUGUACCGUUGCCCGCUGGACAGUAUACUGGCGAAGGCAAUCCUGUGCCAGAAGGGUGAGCUGCUGCGGCGUAAGGAGCGUAUGCAGGACGCUAUCCGGCACUUGGAGCAUUGUCUGCAGAUCGAAGGGGAGCGGUUUUCCUUUGGAACGUAUCUGUGCUUGCUGCGUUGUUACAAAGCGAUGGGCAAUGCGAUGAAGGUACGAACGACGCUGAACCGUUGUGCGACAUUUUUCAACCGGUGGAAGGAGGAAUUUCAUCGGUACGAUUCGCAGCUGAAGAACGAACCGGACGUGCACAUGGAGGAGAUGAAGAAAGAGUUCGAUCUACACGCCAACUGUAUUCCGAUCGAAAUUAUGCACGACAAAAACUUUCGUAAUGAGCCCGCCGUGCAAGACGAUUACGAGGAGGAGGUGAACAUUGAGCCGUAUCUUGGAUUUUCUACCGACAGAAAUAUAUGCGGCGCUUCUAGUGCUUGCACUUUGGAUAUGGAUGGUGAAACACCCAAGCUAGUGGCAAACGUGUUCAUUCCGGAAGGUUCAAUUGUGCUGAUAGAGAGGCCGCUCGCGUCGCAUCUAGAAUUUUCCAAAGUACAAUGCUACACUUGCCAUACCGUUCGACCGCAUCUUAUUCCCUGCUUCAACUGCCAAGGAGUGUUCUACUGCUCCCACGAGUGCCAACGAAAGGACGAAGGUUACCACAGGUUCGAAUGCCACGGCUAUCAGUUACUGUUUUUUCCUCUAGUCAACGGAAACCUCGAGCUACGACUGCUCAUCCGAACUCUUAACACACUGCGGAAGGUGUUGGCUGUCCAGCCGCACGCCUAUCUGAGAAAGCCCCGCACGGCUAACGACCUCUUCAAUUUACUCCUCGAGGGUUGGGAGUUUUUUGCCGAUCUAUUCAACACUCUGCUAAUUCGGCCAGAUUAUGCAAGUUUUCGUGUAGAAGACUUCGAGGCACUUAUGAUAAAGACGGAAAAAUUGCUCAGCUACGUCAAGGUUGACGGACAGGUGAAGCGGCAAUACUUCAUGCAAUGGAAAUACUUCGACAACUUGCAGUUUGAUAUCUUCAUCGGAGGCUUGCUGUUGCACUUUUGCACCCUAACCAUGACUAAGGUGCACCGGUUGUCGUUUGAAAUUCCGGCAACGGAGGAGUUUGUUGGUCGCGUUCCGAACCACGUCACGACUAGCUGUUACUACGAGCAGGAGCCACUUCGAAAAACCGUUCUCGAAACCUUGGAGCGAUACGGCAAGGCGCAUUCAAAGCGAAAUACCAUCGACACUGGACCGCUGAGGGAGGGUGUCUGGUGUCACUUGGAAAUGCUCCGCAGUGAUUACGAAGACGUAAAAAAACCGGAAAAGCUGGAUGACGAUGCGUGCUACCAGGUAUGGACGCGAGCGAAUGUGAAGCGGCUGUGGCAGGAAUGCCAGGAUAGCGUGCAGUUUGAUAUAGUUCCGGAGAUUCUUUUUCACUCGCGAACCGACGUCGUAUCGAGAGCACUGGAACGCUUCUAUGACAUUUAUUUCGACCAUUUUGGCGAAAUUCCGACGUGCAGCCGAAAUCGUACCUUUCCAAAUGUGAUGCGUGCGCUCUACUCUACGGCGAUCAAUGUUAAGCACUCGUGUGGGCCAAACUUGUUUUUUGCAAUGAUUUCCAAUGGUCUGUUCGUGGCCCGUGCUUGCCGGGAUAUCAGCCAGGGGGAGGAGCUUACGCUUAAUCAUGGUCCUCACUACAAAGAUGCACCGCGAGACAAACGGCGGAACUACCUCCGAAAAAUCUACAUCAACUGUGAUUGCACCAAGUGCGGAGUGCUCGAUGAUCAUUGGAUUCGCUACCAGCGUGUCAAAUGCGACUUCUGUAUGUUUAAUCCACAAUCGUUGAGCACUUGCCCGGACUGUUUACGAAUUAAGGAGAUGCCGUGGGAGGUGGAAAUUCUCAUCCAACAGUUGCAAGACUUAGAGUCAAAGCUGUCGAAAAGUUCACUGCCCCAGCUUAUGCCACUGACCGCUUUCGGACGCACGGUUGGAAGUUUACAAACGGCGACAGCGUCUGGCAAGCGAAAGAUCGAGCUGCUCAUGUUCUUCGAACGCAUCUGGAAGAUGGUAUUCGUCGAAGAAUGCAAUAUACCGCUCUAUAACAAUCUCAAGGAACAGUUGUCCUGCUUCGCAGAAGAAGUGAUUCGUGAUGCCAUCGAUGAUGUGUACGUGCUGUUAAAGCGCUGUAAGGAUGUGAUCGAUACUUUAUUCCCAUACAUGAGUGUCCAGGUGGCGAACGAAUACGAGCUGGUAGUUCGUCGUGCAGUAAAGUACAUGUUACCGGCAAAAUUCCUCGGGGUGGACCGCAGUCAAGUGUACCGAACGUUUGACUUGGCUUAUUCCAUGAUCAAGCACGCAUUCCAGAUCCUCGAAUCUCGCUUUUUGUACGAAGACGAAAGCUACCGGAAGUUGACGGUGGUCGAGUAUUCGCUGCGUAUGUUCGAGGAGAAUUUGCGAAUUACGGGUGCCAGCGAGGAUGCCGAACUGGUACUGGCAAUGAUGAAACCUGUUAAGCGGAAAAAUGACACUUCAAAUCAAACUAAGCAAAAAGGACGAGAGCAAAAGCAGCAAAACAAAACAACCAAAGAAUCAAAACAAUCCGAUCAAACGUCAGUCAACGGGGACUUAGAGCACCCGGAGAGUGAUAAGAAGGGUAUCGGUAAACUACCCAACGGUAUCAAGCAUUACAACAAUGCCAGCUCUCACGAUAGCAAUAGUAGCUACAAUAGUGAUGACAGUGCAAACACGGUUAUUGUCAAUGCCGCCGAAGAAGUGCCACCGGAAGUGGCAAAGGAGGAGCUUGGUGCGUCAGUGUCAGUGUCCAAAAAAUCGGAAAAGAUUCCUAAGCGUAAGGAAACCGGUGCAGUACCAAAGCCAUGUCGAACAAUGAAGCACCAUCGGAAGGUUUGAGUGUUGCCGGUAAGAUUUGAAUGAAUAAUGUUAGCUUUU